GCCGCCGCGAGAAGUUGCCUAAAUUCGUGUGAUCUUUCUCCUUUACCCCCAAGACCCUAGAAGCCUCUUCAAUAGACACAACAUGGCGAGUAGAAGCUGUGGGACGUGUCGGGAUCGCCGGAUUCUCUGUGAUCGAACGAUCCCAGUAUGCACGCAGUGUUCCCAUACUAACCGCAUUUGCAAAGGCUAUGUUAUGCGACUGUCAUGGCCAAAGGCCAAUGAUAAGCGACGUGCCGUCGUGGCUCGGUCAUCACUGCAACAUAACAGCACAGGUCACUUAUUUUCCGAUGCCCGCCAAAUUAACAUAUCCACCUGGGACAUUGAGAUGUACCGCCAGCUGUCAGGGGUAGCGUCAAAUCAGCACCAGCGGCUGACCCUACGAUCACCGAUGCCAUGGAAUCCAUUCAAGUUAGAUGUUGCGGAAGACUGUUUAUUUAAAUACUUCCAUUCCAACGCAUCAAGCUCUCUAGCAACCUUUGGCCAUGACCCGAUAAAUGUGGGCAAUAUGCUUCUUCGCAUGGCUGUCAUGAAUAAUACCCCAUCUUCCGCUGCAGUGCUGCGCUCCUUGCUCGCUUUGGCCUCGUUGCACCGUUCUGGACUACAGACACAGGCUGCCGAGCUUAAAAUUGCUGCGUUGAAAGCCCUAGGCGCCGCAUCAAAUCGCGAGAUUGGAACCAUGGAAACGCUCCAGCAUGUUGCGGCAGGGAUGCUUUUGUGCUCAUUUGAGAUUCACCAGUCGUCAUGCACCUCUGGCCAAUGGCGAUCAUAUAUCAUAGGCGUGAAAAGCGUCAUUCAUGCCUCCCCUGCGAACGCAUUUGCAAGAGACAGUGACUUUAGUGUCUUGCUAGACUGGGUAUACUAUCAUGAUGUCCUAUCUCGUUUCAGUCUCACACACUGGCAUCCACCAGCGAUUGAGAGCACUCUGAUGGACUUGGACGAGCCAGUCGAGAUCCCUUCGCCGCCGGUGGAUACUUAUGAACCCUGUAUCGAGAUGACAAACUCGAACCAAUCGCCGGUUAAUACAAUCCUGAAGCUCCUGGCGGAGGUUUGUGAUCUAGUCGCCGCAGCACCAGCUCAGAUGACCCCAUCCAAAGAGUCCGAUGAUUUUAAGAGCUACCUUAAGGUCCUUGCAUGGAGAAUCCGGUCCAUUUCAAUCUCAGAUACAAGAGUUAACGAGUAUCAGGGCAUGGCGACCAUUGUGGAACUCUUCCAAUUAGCCGCGCUUGUCUACCUCAACCGAGCAUUUGGACACAUCAUCGAGUCGGCCGCCGAAACCCAACAACGGAUUGAACGAGCGUUUGAUAUAUUUUCUCGUAUAACUUCCUGUGAACGUCAAUUCCCACUGCUCAUCUUAAGCUGUGAGGCGUGGACCGAUGCGGAAAGGUGUACGGUCUUGGAUCUGAUUAGCAGGACAGAGGAGAGAGACUCCUCACGCUCCCUAUUCCUAACUAAGAAACUCAUUCAGGCUGUUUGGGUUCAAGAUGAUCUCUCACAGGGCCAGAUUGAGUACACGGAAAAGCUCGAUGCUAUUAUGAGCUGCUGCACUAUCUUGCCUACUUUCGUCUGACUAAGAGAAAUAUCAC